AUGGCGACCCAUGUAUCAGUGACUCCAACACCAUCUACCUCCAACGGUGACGCGCCGGGACCACUGAAUAUCUCGACCGCUGGGAAUAUGUCUGCACCGACGCCCACCGUGAAUCGCAAGAAACAAAAGCGUCGACAGAAACAAGCAGCUCGCUUAGCGGCGGAGCCAUCAGAGGCUCAUGCCGCCGGAGUGGCUGCGGACCACCCCGACGAGCGACAUGUCUACGACGAUAACGCCGACCUUGACACUGCUGACUCCAACCACACGGAUCCCGAUAGCAUGUACAAGAACGGAGAGCCUGGUUCCCAGCAGGAUCUUAACGGACCGUCAUUGUCGAAUGACCCCGCCGAUUAUCCAGACCCACCCGGCGAUAAAUCGAAAAAGAAGAAAAACAAGAAAGGCAGGUCUGGCUCUCAUACUGUCGCAGAUGGCAGCUCAACUCCUCUCUCGACUCCCUCCGCUACCUUCUCUCAUCCGCCUCCCCAUUCACACUCUCUACCCUAUGGCCAUCGUUUCCCGGCAAGGUCGACCAAAGAAAGCAGCAUCUGGAACCAGUCAUCGUUGGAAGAACGUGAAAACAUUCGGACCUUCUGGUUUGAACUGGGCGAGGAGGAACGCCGCCAACUUGUCAAAGUGGAGAAAGAUGCUGUUCUGAAGAAGAUGAAGGAACAGCAGAAGCAUUCUUGCAGUUGCACUGUCUGUGGCCGAAAGCGAACCGCAAUCGAGGAAGAGCUGGAAGUUUUGUACGAUGCAUACUACGAAGAGCUUGAACAAUACGCCAACAACAACCAAGGCUCCUUUGAUGAAGGCGCCCCCAUUAUCCCUCCCCCUCGUCUGUACCAACCCCCUCUCCGAUCACCUGGUCAACAUACUCGCACGCAUGGUCAAUUUCACCCGUCCCGGGGUCGAGUGCAAGAAUUGCCCGAGGACGAAGAAGAUGACUUUGAAGACGAUUAUGACGAUGAAGACGAGGAUGACGAAGAUGAGGACGAGCUGUACAGUGACGAGGAAUACGAGGAUGAGGAUGCGCGUGCUGCUCGAGCUGAUUUCUUUGCCUUUGGGAAUAGUCUCACGGUGAAAGAUGGUAUUCUUACUGUGGCUGACGAUUUACUGAAAAACGAUGGCAAACACUUCAUUGAUAUGAUGGAGCAACUAGCCGAGCGCCGAAUGCAACGGGAAGAAGAUACGCAGUACAACAUUGCCGCCGCCCACCAAUCUUUCCAUGCCGGUCAUAAUCAUGGUCCCCUCGACGACGAAGACUACGAUGACGAAGAGGAUGAUGAUUACGAUAGUCAGGAGGAAGAAGAGUUCGAUGAGGACGAGAUGGAUGCUAUGACCGAAGAACAACGCAUGCAAGAAGGGCGGCGGAUGUUCCAGAUAUUUGCCGCUCGAAUGUUCGAACAACGAGUCAUGACAGCAUAUCGAGAGAAGGUCGCCGAGCAGCGGCAGAAGCAGCUCAUAGAGGAACUCCUAGAAGAGGAGAACCGAGAGGAGCAGCGGAAUGCCAAGAAGGCCCGAGAGGCGCAGAAAAAGAAGGACAAGAAGCGCUUGCAGAAACAGGCGAAGGAAGAGGAGAAGGCUCGUCGCGAUGCAGAGAAAGCUGCGGAGGAAGCUGCAGCAAAGGCGGCACAAGAGAAGAAGUUGGAGGAGCAGCGGAUCAAGCGUGAAGAGCAACGAAAGAAGCGCGAAGCCGAACGCAAAGCACAGGAAGAUGAGCGUGCUCGCAAGGAAGCUGAGAAGCAACGGCGCGCUAAAGAAGAGCGCGAGCGGCAAGCCGAAGCCGAGCGGAAGCAGCGCGAGCAAAAGGAGGAGAAGAAGAGGCGCGAGGAUGCGAAGCGCAAGGAGAAAGAAGAGCGAGAGAGGAAGAAUAAGGAGGAGCAGGAUCGCAUGGCCCGUGAGGAGCAGGCUAAGAAAGACCGCGAGAUUGCCACGAGGGCAGAGCAAGCGGCAAAGCCUUAUAUCCAGGCUAAGCCGAUUUCGCAUGUUGGCUCCAUCCCUCUUACCUCUGCUCUUCAAACACAGACUCAUCCUGGCUCAUUCCAAUCACCACACUACGCCGUGGCUACUCCUAUCGCCCCUAAAGCUUCAACUCCCAGCAGGCCACGCCAGCCCUCCCAGCAGGGGUCUCACUCUUCGUCUCCUCACUCGCAACCAGCAAGUUCAGACUUCCCCUUGCAGCCUUCAAUCUCUCCGCGCUCUCUAGCACAGACACAAUCGGGAGCACCAGGUCUUGGUCGACAUGCCCAGCACCAGCAGCCUCAGUUGCAUCAUCCUCAACCCUCUGCGCCUCUAUCGCCUCUGGGUCGCAGUAACCCCCCAGGAUUCCCGGCCCUCGGUGGCUUGCCGAUCAACCCUCCGGGCUUACCAGGCAUGGGUGGCCGACCCCUUCAUCCACCGGAUAUGCCAAUGUACUCUCCCAAUUCGGCGAUGAUGAACCCUCUUCGAGGCUUCGGUGGCCCUGGCAGCAUUCCCGCACCCCCCGGUAUCAACGGAGCCCGCCAAAUGCCCCCAGGCCGAGGGUUCCCGCUACCUGAAACGGGACACGGUCUGCCAUUCCCGGGUCACCAUGGUGUUCCCGGAGCAUUCGGUAUGCAACAACCUGGGUUGUCUAAGUCUCAUUCAAGACAGCCAUCUGGGUCGUUCGAACGCUCUCCUUUAGAGUCCGGUACGCAGCCGUUCCCCAUUUCGCGUCCGAGCCCUAUCAAGCGUCCGCCGAGCACUGCGCAGGACCAGCAGGAGCAUCAUGGCCAUGGUCACCCUCCAUCCCAGCGCGAUAUCGAUGACUUGAGCACGCAGCUGGGGAGUAGUGCGCUCCUCGAUGACACGGACGCUGCGUUCGCAUCGAAGCUGUCUCAAUCAUUGCCCGGUGCCCCUGCCCCUGGGCCAUAUGCAUCGCCAGCGAGAGCCAGCUUCCAAGGGUCGUUGUUCACGGAUCCUCUUGGAGCCAAGCAUACACCUUUUGUAGGUGGUUCCAGCUGGGGCGUACCUGCACCCUUCGGAGGGCCCGCUUUCCCUGGUGCCUCUACCUGGGGAGCUACGACCGGGAGCGGUUGGUCUCACAAUGCUUUCGCAGCCGGUGGCCAUCACCGACCACACACCUCUCGGCCUGUCACCGUCCGUCUGCUGGUAAUCCAAGCCUGCAAGUAUCUCAACUCCCUCAGCCCACGUGUCGGCUCGGGUGGUUAUCACGAUGUGAACCUCGUCCUCGACCAGGUAGAGCAGCUCCGGUCUCCCUCUGAGCCCGCGAUCUCGCUGGAUGAAAUGCUCGAGAUCUGCGAUACGGAGGGCAGUUCUCAAAACGGUGGCGGCUCUUUCUCCAUCAAGAAUGAGGGCAAGGGCCAAUUCGUCAAGUUCGAGCCGGACACAAACAGCGCUGUCGCCGGACAUCGAGGUAGCAUCGUGCCGGGUGAUAUUGGUAGUCCGAUCCCUGGGAAUAGCAAUCCCGCCGUCUUCGGCGGAUUCGGUGGGCCUGCGCCCUCGGUGCUGCGACAGUUCUCUUCACCCGCGGCUGGGUUGUUUGGCGGAACUUCCUAA